CAUCACAGCUUACUUCCGCAAACGUUUGGCGGGAGAUGCAAGUAUCCAGGAAGUAAGUUCGGCCUGUUUUGUAAUCUUCGGUGCACACGCAACGAGAAAACAAAGGCGUUAAGAGACGAAUAAUACUUUUUUUUGCGAAGAAAUGGAUAAUGAUGUUCUGGUGCAGACAAUGGAUUGGAAGAACACGAAGGAGGCGGUCUCGAACUUUCGACGACUGCUUCUUUGCUCCAAGUGCUCAAUGUUAAUGAAGGAUCCUGUGUGUCUGGGAAUGUGCGAGCAUAUGCUAUGCAGGUCCUGUGCUGGCGCCCAGGCAGGAGAUGGCUGCGUGGUGUGUCACAGUCCUGCGUGGGUGAAGGACAUCCAAAUCAACAGGCAGCUCAGCAGCAUCAUUGAACUCUUCUCUGGUUUGGAGUCUCUGCUCAAGCCCAUAGAACAAACAGACUCCUCUCUGACCGAGAUUCAAACACGACCUGAGAGCACUGUCUUUCGGCAAAAGAAGAGCUUCAAGAUCUGGUUGAGCCCCCGCAGCCGCAAAGUACGUUGCGUGGUAGAGAAGCCCUCAGAGGUCACAGUACCGGAGAGCAGGUCUUCUGGAGAAACGGCUGCAGCACAGCCAGACACCAUUACUGCUCAAAGCCAGGACCUGUCAGUUUUCAAUUUCACCUCGUCCUCCCAAGACUCGGGCUCUUCUUCUACUCAAAGAUGUAGAAAUGAAAGCAAAAACGUGAAGAAAAGGUCAACUAAGAAAAAUGUGGCCAGCAGGAAGGUGCCGGUGCAGGGAGCCACGAGGAACACACGAAAGCAGACCAAUCAGAUGAUGAAGAAGAACAGGCUGGAGACCAUCAACCAGCAAUGGGGGAUCACCAAGGAGGUAGAUCCAUUAAAAGGAAAGGAGCAGCCCUGUGCUGAAGGGGCAAGGAGGUCUAGUAAGAGAGUUUCCUUCCUGAGCCCUCCUGUCGCAUCUGAAGAGCGUCAGCCAGAAAUGGCACAGGGGGGUACUAAUGAACUCAGCCCUAGCAGAAGCCCCAUGAGGAAGAGUCCCUCAAGGGGUCGGGGUAUGUCAGACAGUGUCAUUCAACAUGACAGACUGUCCACAAAUGACUCCAACCCCACUGACAAUCCUGAAAAACAGGACGAUGUGUCUACCCCGAAGCAUUCCUCAAAAAGAUCCAGAGCAGAGGAGAAGGUCGCCCCACUGGAGACCACCCCAAAAAGGCCCAGGCCUUCCCUGGGCAGGAGGAGAAAAUCACAGAUGUCCCCAGCUGUCCUUAACCCUCCAACUCUGUGUAGCCCCAGGUGUGAGAAGAUCAUCAAAAAGUCAAGACAGGAGCAAGGAGACAGCCCCUCUGCCCUCGCCACUGCUGGCAGAAAAUCUCCCUGUGGUCACGGUCGGCCCACCUCAGGGAGCCCUGCAGUUAUGAAGAGGAACCACAAGGGAGAGACCCUGCUGCAUCUAGCUGCUAUAAAGGGAGAUGUAGAGGCUGUCAAAGAACUGCUGGACCAGGGGGCUGACCCCAACCUGAAGGAUAAUGCUGGGUGGACACCUUUGCAUGAAGCAUGUAACCUGGGUCACCUGGCUGUUGUGGAGGUCUUGGUCUCCAAGGGAGCCCUGUUGAAUACACCCGGCUAUGAAAAUGACUCUCCACUCCAUGAUGCUGUAAGGAACGGACAUCUAGCGAUUGUCAAACUGCUGCUGCAGCUUGGAGCCUCGCAAAGCGUACUUAAUCUGUUUGGAAAGCGGCCCUCAGAUUACGCAGUGAGUCUGGAGAUGCAGGAGAUUUUCCAGAAAGCCUCAGAAGGAACCAAAAAUGCUGAUGCCACUCUCAGCCCCUCAGCCAGUCUCUCCGUGGUGAGCGACUGUGUGAGAAAGGAUGAAAUGGUGGUGUUUCUGGCCAGCAAGCUGUCACAGCUUGAACAGCAUCGCCUGGCCAAACUGGGAGAGCUACUGGGAGGGACAAUGACUGAAACCUUUUCUGGCUCAGUGAGCCAUGUCGUGCUGCCAGAAGGACACAUGCCCACCACCUACUCCACCCUCCUGGGUCUUCUUGCUGGCUGCUGGGUUGUCAAAUUCAGCUGGGUGGAGGCAUGUCUGCAGGCGGGCGAGUGGAUGCCCGAAACGGAGCAUGAAGCGGGAGAGGGCCCCCAGCGCAGUCGCAUCAACAGAUGCAGCUUGCUCCCUCCACUGUUCGACGGCUGUUUCUUCUUCCUCCUCGGCUCUUUCAAGGCACCCUCAAAAGACGAGCUCACCAAGCUGCUCCGGGAAGGAGGAGGUCAAUUCCUGAGCCGGCAGCCCAAGCCCGACAGCGAUGUGACACAAACCCUCAGUGCGGCCGCCUACCAUGCGCUGCCAGGCUCCGACCAGGCGCUUUGCACCCAGUACAUCAUCUUUGACCCACAGGGCCCACACAAGCCGGCAGUGGUGAGGCGGGGCAAAGUGUGGUCCGCUCCCUCCAGCUGGGUCAUCGACUGCAUCGCAGCGUUCCGCCUUCUCCCUGUGCCAGACCCUCAGGCAUCAGUCUGAGCAGUUUUUUUAUACAUUUCAUAAUCAUUUUGCACAUCACUUUUACAUAAGCAUAGUCAUUAUGUGUUGUUUGUGUUUUUGAUAAUGCAGUGAUGAAAUAGUCACAAAUCACUUCAAUGGUAAUAAACAAUUAUGUGUUUCCCUCCUCUGCACAAUU